AAUCAAUUAUCUUUUACACAGGAUACAUAUAUACACGUAUUUUCAUGUGUAAGCAUGUUACAAUGGGAUGUUGAAGUAUUUUGUGAAGCCCUCUUCUGCGCUGGUGAGCCAAAGAAUACACUUGGUGCCAAAAAUGACGCCUUUAUCCCUAAUAGAGACGAUAGAAGACAUCUCUAGUUGGAAAGACAAAACAUCUGAACCCACUGUUACUCUAUUUACACAUUGUUUGUCUCACGCGUUGUCACUGCUUCCAGAAUUAAGAACUCUAGGUGUUGUACGAAUACUAUUUGCUUACUCAAAAUCCGGUAUUCAUAUGGACGAUUUUGUACCAUGUAUUGCCAAAUUUCUGUUGCACGAAUGCAAACGAGGUCGCAUAUACGAGUCGUUUUAUACGUCAUGUACUGUAAACGAUCUUUUAUUGCUGUACAAGGGCUUUGAAACAAACCACCACUAUGAUUCUGAACUACACAACAAAUUGGUAGAUUGUAUUAUAGAUCAGAAAAUGCACAUGACAACAUCCGAUGUUUGUCUGUUUUUAAAAUCGCACUCAAAUUAUAUUAUCGCAUAUGAAAAGGAAUCUAAAGCUUUUGAACCAUUGCUAUAUCCUGAAUUUGCAAAGGAACUCACAUUAAGACUUUCACAAACGUACCAAGAAUGUCUUCCUGAAGAACUAACACAUUUUCUUGGUUGGCUAGUAUCUAUGAACAAGUAUUAUCAUAUUCCCUCGGAUUUAGUGGACAGACUUUGCAUUGUUUUUAAUGCUAUUUCAACUUCUACCAUACGUUUUAAUGCAGAACAGCUAUUGAGCAUGGUCCAAUCAUCUUGUAAAUUAUCAAACAGUUUGUAUGAGGACGAAUUCAAAAAUUUUAAAACAAUUAUAACUGGACUAAUAACAGCAAUGUUGCAAGAAAUUGAAAGGAGGAAUGAUGUUUUGAAUUUUACUAUUUCGCUCGAAACGCUCUAUUUGCUUAAUGACAUCAACUACUACAAUUUUAACACCAUGCAGAGCAUUAUUUACACAGUUGUGAAUAACCCAAAAUUGGAGAGCCAUACUGAUAGAGUACAGAAUAUUAUCGAAUCUUGUAAGGAUGUUAUGGAAACAAAACCAAUGAGUGUUAAAAGUACGUAUUUUGACGAUUCAACAUUGCUACUGUGUGAUCCGGAAGACCGUGUAAAGAUAUCGGAGAUUCUCACUAGAUUAGAGAAAUUCAAGCAAAAAGGGGGUAUUAUAUUGAAAGAUAAUACAAUUUAG